AUGUUGAGAAACUAUACACAGCCAGUUACUGUCAAUGUGCAAGGCUCAGGCAAUGGUGAGAGCUACCAGGAGCGAUUGUCUCGUCUAGAAGGAGAUAAAGAGUCUCUUGUGUUACAGGAGCUUCUGAACAGGAGUUCUCUAGAGUCACAGAAGCUGGGAUUAAUGGAAGAAGUGUCCUGUCUAAAACUGAAGCUGGGGAACAUGGAGGAGAAACACAUCAACAGUGCUGAGAGACAACAUAAAGCUGAGAGUGUAGUGAAUCUAAUUAGCGAGCUACAGGAGCAGAUGUGUAGGAUUCGGCAGGAGAUCUCUAGUAAGAUCCAAGAGAAGCCAGCGGAGAUGGUCCCAGAGGAAGGUUGUGGCAGUGAGCCAGCGCUAGCCUCUCGGACUGAGCCAAAGCCAGCGAACCUGCAUCAGGAGCUCAAGAUGCUUAAGCAUCGAGUUAAUGAGCUGGAACAGGACAAGAUGCAGUAUGAGCAGAAGCUCAAGGUGACACAGGCAGAGAUCAUGAGUUUACAACAGCUGUUGAGCUGUAAGAACUCUGAGGUAGAGAGUAUACAGGCUCAGCUGCUCUCCAGAGCUCCACUGUCUGUAGACAGCGCAGAAAGAGAGGAGAUAUACAGAAGGAGACUCAACACCAAAUAUCAUGAGCUACAAAGGUUAAAUACAGGAAUGGAUACACUUAUAGUAAAGUUGACCUUUAGUAGCUCAACUCCUCUACUGCCGCCUUCAGUUUCUUCUCAGAAAGAUGCAAACUCCAGGUCCAUCAGUAUGGAAGACUUUAAAGGCAGUUCCGCACAAAAGACUGUUGAUGGGAAACUGGUAGAGCCUGUUCUUUCAGACGAGACUCGACCAGCUGAUAACAGACAUCUGACACUCCCAACAGUGUUGAGUCACCCAGAGAAGAGAGAGCGUGAGAUGAGUGACACAUCAGACCAGAGGAGACCAGAAAACAAGGAUGAAGACAUCAACCUUAUGCCUUUAGGAGUCAACUCCGGCCAUCAGUCUCCUGUGUUCCAAGAAAACGUCAAAAAUAGCAGCAUACGCAGACUUUGGGGAAAGAUGAAGAGGCCAGGUGUGCUGUCAGAUGACAUUGAGCCCAUUCAGUUCAAGAGAGGAGGCUUCAGGGCCACAGCUGGGCCUCGGCUAACACGGGCCCCUGAUUCUGGAUGCUCAUCCCGGGCACACACAUCUUUCUCUAAGUGGACAACGGAGCAGGUGUGUGGUUGGCUGGAGGACAGUGCUUUGGGGCAGUAUGUCAGUUUGGCGCGUCAGUGGGUGGACAGCGGACAAACCCUUCUCUCUGCCACUCCACAGGAACUUGAGAAGGAGAUUUGUAUUAAACAUCCUCUGCACAGAAAAAAGCUGCAACUGGCUCUCAGAGCUUUUAGUAACAAGACAAUGGAGAAAUCUUCAGAAUUGGAUCACAUUUGGGUUACACGUUGGCUUGAUGACAUCGGUUUACCACAGUACAAAGAUCAGUUCUAUGAAAGCAAGGUUGAUGGCCGCAUGCUACAGUAUCUAACAGUCAAUGAUCUCUUGUUCCUGAAAGUCACCAGUCAACUCCAUCAUCUGAGCAUUAAAUGUGCCAUCCAUGUCCUCCACGUUAACAAGUUUAACCCAAACUGCUUGAGACGCAGGCCAGGGGAUGAGAAUAAGACAUCUCCAUCUGAGGUGGUGCAGUGGUCCAACCAUCGUGUGAUGGAGUGGUUGAGGUCAGUGGAUUUGGCUGAAUAUGCUCCAAACCUGAGAGGCAGCGGUGUUCAUGGAGGUCUAAUUAUCCUGGAGCCUCGCUUUCAUUCUGAGACCUUGGCCAUGCUGCUCAACAUCCCUCCACAGAAGACCCUCCUAAGACGCCACCUCGCCACUAACUUUAACACACUGGUGGGGCCUCAGGCCCAGCAGGAGAAACAGGAGUUUGUCAACGCCAGUGGGCAUGCACCCCUUUCCACCACUGCCAAAGUCAGGCCAAAGAAGCUUGGUUUUACUCAUUUCCGACAACUAAGAAAGCUCAGGAUGGAUGAAUCAACAGAUUAUAUCUGCCCCAUGGAUACAGGGAACCCACCAGCCCUGAGUGGGACACCAAAGCGGCCAUAUGGAAGCUUCAGGGGGAUCAGCCCCAUCCUGGCCAGAGACUCAGACAGACUGGAGCAAGUUGGGUCUAAGAACUGAUUCACUGCCUCUUCAAUUCAGCCAUUCUUAGCCAAACAAUGACAUGCUUACUGCCAGCACUGCAGUAACUCCACCCUGAUGCUUGAAGAACUUCAGCAUUAACACCAUCAAUCAGGAGAAGCCCAGAACUGAUUCUUCAGUGUAUCAUCUGGAUAUGCUGGAAAUGACUGAACAUGGGCUCUGAAAAACAUGGGGAUUUUAUUAUUAUUAUUAUUAUUAUUAUUGUCUGUCUUUAGGUAGUUCCAAUGCUGAAAUACAAUGCUGAUGAACUCUUGAUUUGAGUUUCUUGAUUUUAUUACUUUUAAUAAAUAUUUUA